CGGGGUGCAGCAGGAGGGAGCAGAGAUGUUUGGAGGCUUUUUUUUAAUAUAAAAUUAUUUAUUUAAAUAAAAAUGGCCGCCGUGGAGAGCGGAGAGGAAAGACUAGAGGAGGGUCAGGAGGGGGAGGAGGGACCUGUCGACCCCCAGCCUCCCUCCAGAGAGAGAGACAGGUCCCACAGUAAGACCAAGAAGGCCCGCAAGGAGCGUCACCAUGCCGAGCGGGGGGCGGAGACCACAGCCUCAGUGCUUCAGCCACAGGCGGGGGCGGAGCCACAGACCCAGGCAUCAGAGCCGGUGGCGGGCCCUUCAGAGCCAGGUUCAGAGUCGGCGGCCGGCAGUGAGUCUGCAGGUUCUCCCAGGCAGCGGCGCUCCGUCAUCCGGGACCGCGGGCCACUGUACGACGACCCGUCGCUGCCUGAAGGCUGGACCCGCAAACUCAAACAGAGGAAGUCUGGACGAUCAGCGGGCAAGUUUGAUGUCUACCUGAUCAACUCGGAGGGAAAAGCGUUUCGUUCCAAGGUGGAACUUAUCGCCUAUUUCCAGAAGGUCGGCGACACGACCACCGACCCCAACGAUUUUGAUUUCACUGUCACCGGUCGCGGUAGCCCCUCCCGCCGCGAGAAGCGUCCCCCCAAAAAACCCAAGGUGGUGAAACCAUCGGGGCGAGGCCGGGGGCGGCCCAAAGGCAGUGGGAAAAUGCGGCAGGCGACAGAGGGCGUGGCCAUGAAACGUGUGGUUGAGAAAACUCCGGGCAAACUGCUGGUCAAGAUGCCCUUCGGCAAGGCAGAGUCCUCCAUUGGCACCACCUCCACUGCCUCCAAGGUGGUGUCUCCUGCCCUGGUGCCCAAGUCCCGUCCCGGCAGAAAGAGGAAAUCAGAACAGGAACUUCCAGCCCCACCACAGACCGCUCCGAAGAAGCGGGGCAGGAAACCAGCCUCAGCCUCAGCAGCAGCAUCGGUCGCCACAGCAUCCAGCUCCACGGCAUCAACCUCUGGUAGCUCAACAGCUGGAAGCUACGCUGCAGCUGCCAUUUUAGCUGCAGAGGCCAAACGGAGAGCAGCCAAGGAGUCUUCCACCAAACCUGUCGUCCAGGAAACAGCCCUGCCAAUCAAAAAACGCAAAACGAGAGAGACAGUGGAGGAGAGGGAGAGCGUUCAGACUCCAACCACUACAACAACUGAGACUGAAAAAAGGGUCUCUGUAGAGGGGGAGACAGGUAAAGGGGAAGGAGCAGCAACCUCAGAACCUCAGCCCGCCCCUUCUGAGCAGAGUCCGUCACAAUCACAGAAGCAGCCUGCUGGUUCAGAUGAAAGCCAACCACAUGGACACAAGGCGCAUAAAGGGAGGAAGCACAAGGAGAAAACGGGAACAGCAGCAGGAGAAGGAAGAAGCAGAGGAGAGGAAGUAGAUGAAGAUGUAGGUGAUAAGGGAGGAGAGGGAGGAGGUGGAGGAAGGAGUAGCAGCAGCAGCAGUAGCAUUAGCCCAUCAAAAAGCCACAAAAGGAAGGAGCGACCACCUCACAAACACCACCACCAUCACCACCACCACCACCACCAUCAUCAUCAUCGCCACCAACAUUCCUCUGCCUCCACAUUGGAUCAGCCUCCUCCUCCUCCUCCAGCCUCUGGACACCCAGCACCCUCCAGUCAGUCCAGGCCUGAAGUCAAGCCCCAGACUGUGCCUCAGCUCACCACUCAACAACUGCAGCACACUCAGCAAGCUCUUCCCAGACCACAAUCCAAGUCUGCCCCUCAGUCCCCACCUGAACCUCGGCAUCCUCCUCCUCAGCCGCGGCAUCAGCCUCAACCGCGUUUCCAGCAGCAUCCUCAGACCCAGUCUCCCAGUCAGCCCCAAGUCCAGCCUCGAUACCCACCAUCCCAGCCCUCUCCAACCAGGCAUGUCUCGCCCCAGUCAAGGUCCCAACAACCCCCACCCCAAACCCACAGUCAGACCCCAGCUUCCCCUCAAAAAUCCCAGUCACAGCCUGUCCACUCCCCAGCCCAGCACCAAAUCCAGCCUCAGGCUCAGCAUGCUCCACCUCAGUCACACCCUCCUCAGUCCACAUCCAUUCUGCACGUUCAUCCACCCCAAACAAGGCAUCCGCAUCCACAAACCCAGUCUCCCACAAUACUCCAACCUCAAACCCAACCCAGGCACCCCCCUCAACCUCAAACCCAGCUCAAACAACAAUCUCAACCCCAGCCCCGGCAAUCACUGCAGCCUCAACUCCAACCCCAGGCUAGGACCACCGCCCAACUUCAGACUCAACUGCAGCUCAGAACCCCUGCCCAAAUGCAGCCUCAAACCCAGUCUAGGGCCCCAGCCCAAACUCAGCAUCAACCUCAGUCCAGGCCCCCAGUCCAAAUUCCGCCUCAACCCCAGUCCAGGACCCCAACCCAAACUUCGCUGCAACCUCAGUCCAGGAUUGCAGCCCAAACUCCGCCUCAACCCCAGUCCAGGACCCCAACCCAAACUCCACCUCAACCCCAGUCCAGGACCCCAGCCCAGACUCCGCCUCAACCCCAGUCCAGAACCCAGGCCCAAACUCAGCCUCAACCGCAGUCCAGGACCCCGGCCCAAACUCAGCCUCAACCCCAGUCCAGGACCUCAGUCCAAACUCAACCUCACCUGCAACCUCGGCAUCAAGCGCAACCCCAACAGCAGACGAGGCAUCCAUCACAACACCAACUCCAGACUCAAUACAGACCGCAACCCCGACAGUCUCUCUCCCAGCCUAGGCCACCCCAGUCCCAAGCACAACCACACUUUCAGCGGAUUCAAACACAGCCACGCCCCCAACCACACCCUCAGCUCACCAGGCCCCAUGUGCAGCACCUUGCAUCCCACCGACCGUCACCCAGUCUAACCAGAACCAACCUGGUCCCUUCUCAGCAGAACCAGAGCGAACAGCCCCAAGAUCUGAGCACCACGCGACCUGGCCGAGGAAGUCUGCUGCCGAGCCGAGAGGUCAGUGCGGAACGCGUCAGGGCGGAAGGGAGAGGGGAGUCGGCCAUGGCAUCAGAAAGCAGAGAGGUUUUAGGUGGAGAAAGAGGGUCAAACAGCACCUCGAGGCCUCCCAGCUCCAUGCCUUCUGGACCUCCAGGAGUCGCCGGGGCCGGGGUCGGUCUUGUUCCUGGGGGAGACAGUAGGGCUAGGCUCCGGGCGGAGCCAGAUGCAGCAGGUGAGGGCAGGGAGCUCAGAGACAUCGUCCCCCAGUCCGCCGUCCCCUGUCCCAGCCGAGAAGAAACGGUAGAGUCACGGACUGCCGUCAGCGAAAGAGUCAGCUGAUUGAUCGGGCUGAUUGAUCGGUAGACUGAUGGACUGAGUCAGCACCAGUUGGAAGAGGAGUGUGACUGGGCUGGUCAUGGACGUGUAAUGAUUUUACACUGUUUUCAGAUAGAAGGAUAACGUCACACAGAGCUGGUAGGACUGUCGCAGCUUCUACUCCGUCUGAUUCUGUCUGGAGACUCUGUAAAGUUCUGGAUCUGAGAACCAACCUGGCGCUGAGGGACAGCUGGAGAGGAGAACAGAUAGUGUCUUUUUCUAGGAAAAACAAACAAAGAGGAAAAACCGAUAAAAAAGUGUGUGUGUAUAUAUAAUCAAAAGGCAGCUGUUGUGUCCCGCUAGUCUCCGAGGGGAGGGGGGGAGUAGUUUGGAACUAAAAACCAACGCUUAACAACACAUUACUCUGAACGAAACGUUGCUUCCGGAAUAUAACCUGUUUUCUUUUGUUUUGUUUUUUUAUUUCGUAUUUUGAUAGUUUAUUGUUUUGUCUCUGUUAUACAGCUUUAAACUCUGAUAUUAUUGACUGACGGUCCCUUAACUCAUCGCCGUGCUGCUGACUGACAGUCCCUUAUUUAAAGUCCCGUCUCUCGCUAAGACUCCUCCUACUGACUGACAGUCCCAAACUGAAACUAGUCCACGACUGAAAGCCUCAGAGGUGAUGUGGGGCGGUGGUUUGCACCUUUAACUGGUUUCUUGGAAAUCUCACUUUUCUUUUCCUCCCCAUUUUACAUCAAGUUCACAAUAAACACAAAGGGGCGUCUGUAACGUUUUCCAUCCAAUUCCAGACCGCCCCCUACAGGUAGCGAUGUAUGAGUAUUCAUGUUUAUGACUCUACACAGACCUCAUUCUGAACUGAGUCUUUAAAACCCAUUUUAAAUAUUGUUUGAAAUGUUUGAACAGCUCGAGGCGUUCUUGUUUCCUCCUGUCAGACGCCACAACGGCCUCAGAAACAGUCGAGUCGGUGGUUUGAUAGGAAAAUCUCGAGCGCUCCUCGUUCGUUUUUCAAGUAUUUCAAACGCAGCAAGUUGUUCUUCCAGGUUAGAGAUUCUUCCAUACUGGUCUUCAUGGAAUCUGUUUGUUUCGGUAGUGUUUUUGUUUCCAAAGGAAGCGCUUUUAAUAUCAAACCAAACCCACUUUUACAGUAGCUUUAUUUUAGUUUGUAGUCUUAAUGAAAGAGUGGGAAAUGGACUCAUUUUUAUUGUGUCUUCGUGUUGAAUGUCUGGAACAGUUUGCACUCCUCCAGUUUGUACAAUCAACCGCCUGCAUGUCGCUCGGAGACCCUGCAGGCCUUCAACCGGAGCCGCACGUACACAGAGGUCGACCUCGCGGGAGGUUUACUGUCGGUCAUGUUGGCGGUGUGAGGGAGGACGUUCUGCAGAAGUAAAACCCUGAACGAGGUCUGGUUCAGCUUCACGUGGAGUCACAACACACAACAAUUCAGUGAGCACAAGUUUGAGUCUGUACGUCCAGAUCCGGGAGCGUGAAGGAGAGAGCAGAGCAAGUUCAGCAGUGAAACAACCUGCAGGACCUCUGCUGAUGGUCUGAACUGAAAUAAACAUUCAGCAGAAACAAGUUAUUCAGUUUCAACAAAACAGAUAUUUUAGAGUUUCUACAGUUAUAUGCUGAGUUUACCCUUCAUGAUCUGAGCUCUGAUUUUCACCAACAGUUUUUGGAGCUUGGUGACAGAGUUCCAGAUCAGAGAGAGAUCGGCGCUCCCAUGAGCAACAAUCGCUAUCUGUGAAUUCUGAGGUAUAUAUCCGGAACUCCCUGUGAGUCCAAAUCCUGCAGUGUGAAAUUAGUUUUGACGGCAAAUACAACAGCGACGAACUCAAGCCAAUAUGAGCAAAAGGUACAGGGCGAGGGAAACACCAGGGGGAGGAGUCUUAACAACUGCAACAGAACUCCUUGUUUUUGACUGCAAAUCAGCGCACAAGCAGUUGGGAUGGCUUCUUGAGUGCAUCCAUUUUUGGACCUUUUCCUGUAUCAUUCCUCGUGUGCUUUGUCGACAGACUUGUCAGGUUUCCUCCUGGCUAAAGUGUGGCCGCCGGUCGCCAAUCACGCCUUGAUGUGAUUUUGCCACAUAGGACAUGCUCCUGGAUCAACAUCCCACACUGCGCUUCUGGACCAGCAUUGCAAUCAACCAGUCACAGCCCUCUGACAUCAUCAGUGUGCUGCUCCUGCGCCUCUCUCAAAAUUCCUAAUUUUCCAAACUGAAGGUUGUGCAAUUGAACAAAAUCCUGUCUCUGAGCAUUUUGUUGAAUUGUACCAACUUCAAUUUAGAAAACUAGCUUAGCUCAGAAGAAGGACAAAAAAAUUUUGAAAGAAGCGCAGGAGCAGCACACUGAUGAUGUCAGAGGGCUGUGAUUGAUUGAUUGAUUGAUUGCAAUGUUGAUACAGGAGCAUGUCCUACUUGGCUAAAAUCAGGUUGUGCAGCCUAUGAUAGCUCAUGAAAGUUGUACAGUGUUAGUUGCCAUUAGACGCAGUAACAGAAUCACAGACUCCUGCAUUUGAUUUUUUUAAGAACUUCUUGUGUGAUCAGAUCGGCCAGUUGAUCUCCAGCGGGGUUUGACCCGAAUGUCACCUUUUGGGCCUUGUCAGCCUUGUCAUCGGUCUGCAUGACUUUAAGGCCCCGGCUACACCUAUACAGAUAUUUCAGAAAACAAAUACUUCCCCUCCCGUUUUAAAAAAUAAUGUUGUUGUGGUUUUACAGAACAUCGGCGUCCACACGAGAACACAAAAACAACUCCAAACUCUGGCCGCCAUUAUCUUCCCUCAGCGGCCUCUCCUCGUCUCAAAGGUAGUAAAGUGUACAGGCUGAUGUGACCUUUUUCAACACACCAUAAUUUCAUCAAUGUUGAUUCCUGUUUAAUGUGAGGAUUAAGGAGAUCACACAGUCCCAUUCUGGAGAGCGUCCUACCAUCUGCAGCUUCGACCGGUCUGAUCUAUAACAGUCGUUUCUCACAGACUUUAAACAGUGGACGCUGAGGUGGAGCAACAGCACUGGGCGCAGCAGACACCUCUGUUUGUCCGUGAAGUGGUGCAGCAACAGUAGGUUUAAGUGUAAAGUUGUCAUCAGACCAAGCAGUACAAACCAUAUGUAAACAAACAGGUAGUAUGCACAAAUUGAGGAGAUGACGUCACUCUUUCUCAAGCGCUUCGUUUUACAUCCACACGGAUAAACAGGGACUAGAGUUUUAAAAACAUGCAGCUUAGAAGGUGUUUUAAAAAAUCUCAGAUUUAGUGACCUGAAACUCCGUGUGUGUGUACGAGAGGCCAAAUUAUCUGUUGAUGAAAAUAUCUGCUUACAUGUAGACGGGGCCAAAUGUCUGGUGGUGAGAUGUGGGCGUGUCCUGCUGAAUCAUGGAUGUGUUGUAAGAACUGGAUAUCAAAAAUGGCAUCACUUGAAUGAAAAUGGCUCACUGGACACCCAAACCAAAAAUGUUUUCUAGCUUCUGGCUUUGCUCCCGUGUUGUGCGGCUCACUGCACACGCUCAGUAGAGUUUUACUCCCUGUAAACAGAAGCGGGUUCACUGAUGAAAUUUUAUAAACAAACAGUCAUCGAGUCAGUAAAAAUAUAAUCUGCAAACUGUAAAAUCAUUUUUCUCAGCAGCUUGAGCACGCUGAUAAUGCGAAGCUCUGUGAUUGGCUGUUGGUGAAAUGCAUCCUGGGAGUUGCAGUUUUUGUGUUGGCAGGUUUGUUGUAGCCGUUUAUCAAAGAAGCUUCUGUUGUGUUGUUCUUGCAGGAAGCUGAAUGACUCCAGAGAGUCUCCUGAGCUCUCAGAUCUGAACGUACAGACGCUGUUUGAAUGUCGAUGCUCUCUCAGUAGAUAAAGUUUUGCACCUUAGUGUCCAGCGGACUCUGUGGCGAAGGCUCCCGCACUUUAACUAUGACGUUAAAAAAUUGAGCUUUUCACCCGUCGACCAGAAAACAUCCAAUAACUGAAUGUCUUCAUCCUGGAUCCAAUAAAUGUGCCUCUAAAGUCCAUGUCCUCUCACCUGAGGCUGCGGUCGCAUCAUCGUGACCUCACACAGGUGACACCGUGUGUGUGUGUGUGUGUGUGUGUGUGUAUCCACCUGAGGCUGAAGCGGCCUCACCUCUGCGUACCUGGCGCUCCGCCUGCCGCCCAGUCCACCUGUUAGCAUGCAGUCUCUCACGCAGCUGCAGAAAUCAAACGUCCCUCUGUGAUCGGACUCACUCCACAGGACUCGACCCGGCACAAACUACAGUAACCAGCCACCAUAUUGCAUGUUCCAGAGUUUAGUGCCUAUAAUAUUGUGCGUCUUGCCAGAAGCCACCAUGUCAGCCAAGCCAUGUUGUGUUUCUAGACUUAGUAGUGAUGUGUGUGGUGACUUCAUAGUUGCUAAUAUUGAGGAUGAAUAUUCUGCUUUUACUCUGGUUGGAAUUCAGUGGAAACUCCAAUACACUGUCGCUGUAGACAAAACUAGUUUUUACCUGUUUUCUUAUUUUUAUUUCUAACUAAAAGCGUUUGUUGUCCCCUGAUCUGUGGUCGUCUCACUGAUUGUAGCUCAACUCAAACCAGACCAGGAAGCAAGUGCAUUUACUCAACUACUCUCACAUCCAAGGUACUUUUACUUCGAGUAUUUCCACUUCCUGCUCCCUUCUCCUCCGUCUCAGAGGUAAAUCUUGGACUUUUUACUGCUGACAACUUCAGUUACUUCCUGUCCAGUGAAAACCAUGUAUCUCCAGAUGUGUUGAUGUUGAAUGUUUGUGAUAAACUGAAUGUGUUGAGAAAAUUCUCCGACUUCUUAAAGCUAAAUAAACUCUUUAAAAACCCUCUUGGAUCAGCGGGACAAUGCAUCGUCACAAAACUAAGAACAGGCUGUUCUUCUGACACCUUUAAGAGAUACGUGGUUCUCACAGGACAGUCAUACAACGGAGUUAAACUGAGCACAAACUUUAACGCUCACAGCGUGUCUCAAAUCUCACGCUUCUGUUGCUACUUCAGUCUAGUACACUACUUACUUCCAGUGUGGUGCACCAACUUCAGGAGGGUAGGACUGCCGUUUUGCACUUACUGCAACUGACGACGGCUUUUUCUAACUGCCUCUUCUUCUGCAUCUUCUUAUUAAAUGACAAGUUGCAAACAGACGGUGGAGCAUUAUCACCAACAUUUGACCGCUGUCUCCACCCACACAUAAACCAAACUUACACCACGUCACUGCUGAUUAAUAUGUGCAGCCGUAGGUAGAAGCAAGUUAGCUAGCUAGCGAGGCUAAAGUUAGCUAGCAAGCAUUAUUGUUGGUGGUAACAAAUUAUUACAGACCUAACAACAAAAACUUUCGACGCAGCGUCUGUGUUGAUUAAAAUGUGCUGCCAUGGCUACAUAUAUCCAAACGUUAAUUCCAAACCUUUUCCAGGCCUGGAAAUCACUUUCAUGCUGUUUUCCUCCUGAAUAUUGUUGAAUUUCCCAACCUCAGCAGCCAGAGGAUCUUAUCUGGUUUGUUUAAUCUGAACGGAGUGUUCAUACAGAUGGUGAGACUUUUUUUUAAUUUUUGGGAGAUGACCUCUCCUUUUUCUUAUCAUGAUGUCAAUCUGAACAUGCAUCCAUCUAGAGAUAUGCUAAUGCUAGCUAACAAGCUAACGUUAGCACUUGCAUUAUUGUUGGCCGUACUGGCGGCUUCUGUUUGACAACAGUUUUGGUACUAAUGCAAAAAACAUGCAGAACUAACGGCUCCUUGUUUUGUCCAGCUGCCAUGUCAAAAGAUGAGAAAUUUGCUACGUCACAAAGAUGGCGACCGUUGAGGAUGAGACGUGUCCGUCAUUCCACACUCAGCUUUUGAGAGCGACAGCAGUACACUGCAUUUUCCCAUAUUAUGCAGUGUGAACGUACUUAACACACUCAAAAUAUGACAUGUUUAGUACAGAAGUCUGAGAUCUGAGACACACUGUAACUUCAGUGAGGUUUUGAAUUCAGGACUUUUACUUGUAGUGAAGUAUUUUCACAGUGUGUAUUAGUGCCAGGGUCCCUGUGCAAACAGCAUGAGCUGACAAGACACCAUGAAGCUAAAAACAAUCCAGGACCAGAGUAGAUCAUCAGUGUGUAGGACAGGAAUUUAUCGUGUAGAGCUGAAAAAAAAUCAUAAUAAUUAAUAAUGAAACAAAGUUUCUCGCCGUCUCCUUUUCUGACAAAAAUGUCAAACUUAAACAUCAAAUUAAACAACCGUUGAAGCCUUUGGUUGUCUGAGCAGCAGAACAUGUCAGAGUGUAGACGAGUCAUUUCAUGGAUCAUUAACUCUCUUAAAUCAUCAGAGUUUAUGUGGUAUAAAAGAAAAUGGGACUCACGUCACACUUCACGCAAAUCACACAACUCACACACUCCAGGGUUCACACACAGCGACAGCCGUGACUGGAGGCAUUCGGUUUGUCUGUUUGUCCCAUCCAUGUGGAGAUGAAAUCUCAAGAGCGCUUCAAGGAAAUUUCUUUAAUUUUCACACAAACGUCCACUUAGACUGAAGAAUAAACUGAUUAGAAUUUGGUAGUCAAAGGUCAAAGGUCAGUGUGACCUCAUAACAUAACAUAAGUUUUAGUCCAUAACUGAAGAAUUCAUUCACUAAUUCUGACCAAACUUGACACAAAUGUCUAACAGGAUGAAAUAAUGAAGGUCAAAAGGUCAAAGGUCAGCUUGACUGUGACAUCAUCGUGUUUUAACGUCAUAUCUCAGGAACAGAAGGGGAGACAUUUGGUCAGAUACUGAAUUGGUGACUCUAAUCUUGAAACUGUGCUGAUUGUAUAGAUCUUCUGUGUGUGAAGCAUCCAUGUUUUCACUGACAUGGAUGGAGACUGUCAGAGACACUGGACUGGUGGGCGGAGUCAUACAACCACAGGGUGGACUGGUGGGAGGGGUCAUACAACCACAGAGUGGACUGGUGGGCGGAGUCAUACAACCACAGGGUGGUGAUUCUAAAGUUACCAAUGGAUUUUCAAGACUUUUCCACUAUUUUUUUUUUUACCAUAUUGCCAUGACUGUAUAAACAGUUUAAAAUGAGCAGGUUUAAGUAACGAUCAAGUCAUACAUUAUUUAACACUUCCCAGGUGUUUGUAGAUCAUCAAGCUGAUAGCACUAAGUGACGUUACUCACUCGUUCGAUAUUCCAGCUGCCGACUGGCUGCACGGCCCACUGCCUAUAGACCAAACCGGCACGUGGGUUCCUCACAAAACAUCAAGGCUGCACCGUUUUUGGAGAAACUGAAGACAUGUUUGGAUUAAAAACAGCUGUUCGAUGACCCGGCCUGAACCUGAGCAUCUGGUUAAUAAAUGAAGACAGAUUACUGUCAUGUCCCUUCAGGCCACCCGUCCAUGUGGAUCGGUGUCCCAGGUCUGGUCUUGGUGUGUCACAUUAUAGUAGUGACGUUUCAACAGUCACACAGUGCAGCAUUUUAAAUUAGUAACACAAGAAACAAGGGAUGCACGACAACAUCAGCACAUCAUCGAUAUCUGCCAAUAAUGGCUUUGAAACAGACGGAACCACUGAUGUAAAUACACCUGAGCAGCAACGCCUCAACCCAACCGCCUAAAGAAAUGUUCAAAUUUUCGGUUUCUGUAAACCACAGAUCACAUUUGUACCAAAUUAUGUAGCAAACUUUACGUUUCAACAAUGUUGUGGUUUAGGGCAAAAAAAAACCCAAAACAACAACAACACUUGAUUAGUGAGAGUAUUAAAGUGAACAGAAUCAGCCAAAGUGUUUUAUCCUGUUUAUCACAAUGAAUGAAUGUCACAGACACUGAACAGUGUUCAUGUCUCCACCUGCUGCUGGG